AUGAACCAAGUUCACUGGACUGGGAAGAAAACCGACAUGCUCCCGGAGAUCGCCGCCGCCGUGGGUUUCCUCUCCAGCCUCCUCAGGACCCGAGGCUGCGUGAGCGAGCAGAGACUCAAGGUGUUCAGCGGGGCUCUCCAAGAGGCACUAACAGAGCACUAUAAACAUCACUGGUUUCCUGAAAAGCCAUCCAAGGGCUCUGGCUACCGCUGCAUCCGCAUCAACCACAAGAUGGACCCCAUCAUCAGCAAGGUGGCCAGCCAGAUUGGACUCAGCCAGCCCCAGCUGCACCAGCUGCUGCCCAGAGAGCUUACCCUGUGGGUUGACCCCUACGAGGUGUCCUACCGGAUAGGGGAGGAUGGCUCCAUCUGCGUCCUAUACGAGGAGGCUCCAGUGGCCACCACCACCUCCUACGGGCUCCUUACCUGCAAGAACCAAAUGAUGCUGGGCCGAAGCAGCCCCUCGAAGAACUAUGUGAUGGCAGUCUCCAGUUAGAUCCUUGCUGCUGUCCGCCCGCCCUGGCACUCUACUGUACUCACUCUGGCGUGACAACAGGCCCACUGCAUACCUCAACCUGGGGAACUAUAUUUUUAAAUGAAGAGUUAUUUAUAUAUAUAAAUAUAUAAUAUUUUUUUUAAGAAAAGAGGAGAAAAAAAAACAAACCAAAAGAUUUUUUUAAGAAAAAAAAUAAAUCCUUAAAGGGAGCUGCUUCGAAGUGGCUUCCCCAGGUGCCUUUGGAGAGAACUUUUGUGUACUUCAGUCUGGGAGCCAGUGUCUGCCU